AUGCGUCCUUGCACUGCUGACAACGAUUCAGCAUUGUUGCAUUCUCCAUGUCCGACCGGGUUAUCGCUCCACGACCUUGAGUUCCGUACCGUCUGGGUCAUUCCUGCGGCGUGGGAUGUCCGCCACAUCUCUCGCCAAUCACUGAUUCCUCCUGCUCGUGCGCUCUCCUUAUUUGGAGAGAUCUAUUCCGGCGUUGCUGCACUCAACCAUAUGCUGGACGGUACACCGCCUCAACGUGAAGUCCCUGGCGUGGAGACUCUAUGCCAUUGCAAUUACUCCCUCUUCAAGCGACUGGUGUAG